AUGUAUUUUAGGUCUGGAUCAACAGCACCAAAUGGAGAGAAUCAAAAUGAAUGUGAAAUUCAAGGUGAUUAUCGAUUUUCAAGUGAUGAGUCCGAUAUGCAACCAGAUUAUCAACAAGAAUAUACUAAUCUAAAAGAGGAGCAAGUGAAAGAUUCGAAACCUAAUACAAAGCUCUUAUUUAUUCAAAGAUUAGCUGCAGAUACUGAAUCUAUUGCUACCAUCUCUGAAAUUCCCAUACCAAAUCAUAAAUCAGACGUUGAAGCAUUUCUCGAUGAUUUAUUUGAACGUGCUCUGUUAGAAUCAAAUUUGAAUCGAAGAGCAACAAAAGUUAAUAAUAUUCAAAUAUCCACCUAUAAUCAAAAACGCUUUCAGUUAAUAUCAAAUUCAAAAGUUGAACCACUAUUACGGCAACGAACAUCAUUACAGAAAAAAGAUGGUAAACGAAAAGUCAUCGUAACUGAUGCAUCAUUAAAAUCAAAAAAGCCGAAUAAAAAAUCAAAACACAUGAUUACUACUAUUGCCAAUGAAAAUUAUGAUGAAUUAAAUCAACAGAAGAAGAGACGCAUUAAGAAAAAAGAUAACUAUCAAAAUCUGAAUAGGAAUAAUUCAGCAUGGAAUGAUAGUAUGUCAUCAUUUUUAACGACACCAGCUACUACUACUAUCACUACAGAUACGGAUAACAAUGAUCCUGGUAUAUCAGAAGUUACAUCGUGUGAUGUACCAUCUGUAAUGAAUAUUGGACGAAACUAUUGUCAAACAGAUAUGAUGGUGGAUGAAUCGAGUGAAAAACAUUAUCAUCAUCCAAUGAAUGUAAAAUACUUCGAUCGGAAUAGACGUCAUCAUCCUCAUAAUAGAGUUGUUGUUAGAGAGCCUCUGUGUAGUUUUCAUACGAAAGUAAAAGAAAAGAUGCUUACUCGAAAUUCAAAUGGUAGACAGUAUCAACGUCGAUGGCCACCACCAACACAGUCACCAGAAUUACAAAAAUGUCUAUCUCCAAAAGCACAAAACUUAAAUCAGAUCGAAAAUCAAAUCCUAGUGAGCAACCUGGAUUCAUCUACUAGCAUCUUAUUUUCUCCUUCAACAAAUAAUAAUAUUAUUAAUGAUAAUCAACAAAUUAUUGUUACAAAUAAUAAUGUAAUUUCACAACCAUUUUUGAAUGCUGCUAUUGCAGCUAAAAAUGGAAUUAGUCUAAUUCCUCUAUCUCCUUCUGUUUGUCUAUCGACAACAAUUCCUGGAUUAACUACAACAACCAAUAUUUCAUCAACAACAAAAAAUGGUCCAAUGUUCGUACCCGUUAUUGAAAUUAACUAUCAAAAAUAUUUGCCAGUUUAUCUUAAACAAAAACCAGCAUCACGGAUAAACCAAAAAUUACAAAAUAGAAUACAAAGUAAAGCAGAUGAUGAGCAAGAUAAACCGAUUUUAUGUGUACCUAAGCCUCAGAAUAAAACAACCUCUCAGUUAGUUAUAACUCAAAAAAAUAAUAAUGUAAAAGAUGAAUCUCAAUAUUCAAAUAUUCCACAUUUAAAUGGUUCAUCGCCCAUUGAUUUAAAAUUAAAUGUUCAGCGUUUAUCAAUGUCAAAUUUGGAUAAGAUAUCCGGCCGAGAUAAUCUUUCUCAGACCAACUAUGAAUACCAUAAUGGUUUAACAGAUCAAAUCUCAAAUGAACUUUGUCAAAAUGAUAAUCCGAACACAAAUAUCCAAACUACAAAUGCCAACAAACAAAAUAUAAAAUUAUUGGUUAAUCACUCAUCUGUCGAAGUACAACAACAACGAGCGAAAACCAUACGUAUAGGAAAAGUUAGAUGGCCACCUGCAUUAAAUCAAGAAGAAACAAUCACUACAGACUUAGACAGGCGUACAGAGAUUCAACGACGAAUUCACGAAGAAAUUCUCGGCCAUGAAACAUCGGAUAAAGUGACUGUAGAACGAGUAAGUUUAGAUUUAUCAAAAGAUCAUACUGCUCGUAGUCCAGAGUACCAAAUCCGUGAGAUGAACGAUAGUAUGCUCAUAAAAUGUAUUCCAAUUGGUGGUGUUGAAAAUCAUCAGUCACAAUCAGAAGAUCACUCUAAAAAGUAUCAUCAAUCUUUUCAUCGUACAAGUCCCUUACAAAAACAGCCAUUAACAUCUUCAGCAGAUAAAGAUCACAAACAAAUUUUAAAAAUCAAUGGUGCUUUAAGCAGUUCUACUGAACCGACAUCUCUAAUCGAUUCUGAUCUGGAGAGUGCAAAUGCAGAUUGGCGAAUGAUGAAUGGUAACAAUGGAAAAUAUCGUCAUAAGACGUUAACACCUAUGAUUGGUAAAGAAAAUUUUGAAUUACGAAAAAAACUAUUUGAACGUCUGAAUGAGAAACAAGAUAUCGAAGGUAAGACUAAUCUAAUGUCAAUGUUUGAAGAGUGA